AUGGGGUUUUUCCGCAUUUUAUUUUCGCUCUCCCUUUGUGCCUUAUCUCUGGCCAUUCCCUCUAAGCUAAUUGGCCUCGAGAAUACCAAGGAUGUCAUUCCUAAUUCCUACAUUGUUGUGAUGAAGAGUGCUGUCUCGGAGGCUGAAUUCCAAAGCCACCAGGCUUGGGCAUCCAAAAUCCACAGCCGUAGCUUAGGCAAGCGAGAUGGAGUAUUGGAUGACUUUGGUGGUCUAAAGGCGACCUUCCAGUUCGAGGGCCUCAAGGGCUAUAGUGGCGCCUUCGACAAAAAGACAAUUGAGCUGAUUACCAGAAACCCUGCGGUCGACUAUGUUGAAGUAGACCGUGUGGUUAAACUAGAUGCCAUCUCCACCCAACGCGAUGCACCAUCAUGGGGACUUGGACGAAUCUCACAUAGGAGAGUUGGCAGCGCUGACUAUGUGUUUGAUGAUAGCGCCGGGAGUGGCAUUACCAUCUAUGGCGUUGAUACCGGCAUCGAUAUUAGACACCCUGAAUUUGGUGGCCGUGCAGCAUGGGGAACAAAUACCGUUGACGAUGAAGAUACGGACCAAAAUGGCCAUGGCACUCAUACUGCCGGAACAUUUGGAGGCGCAACGUAUGGUAUUGCUAAGAAAGCAAACAUCGUUGCUGUCAAGGUACUCAAUGCCCAGGGCACGGGGACUACCAGUGGUGUUAUCCAAGGUAUCCAGUGGUGUACCGACCAUGCUGGUAGAAAUGGCUUGAGAGGCAAAGCAGCCAUGAACUUGAGUCUGGGUAUCCGCGGGUCUACUAUCUUUAACCGAGUUGCGGAGGCAGCUCAGGCGUCCGGUAUAUUCCUGGCUGUGGCAGCUGGGAAUGAUGGAACCGACGCGGGACAGUUCUCCCCAGCUUCCGCAAGAGGUGUCUGCACUGCUGCCGCUACCAACUCUCAAGAUGCGGCAACAUCCUGGUCUAACUAUGGAUCUGUUGUUGCAGUAUAUGGCCCUGGAGCCGAUAUAGUUUCUGCAUAUCCCAAUGACGACACGGCGACUUUGUCCGGGACCUCGAUGGCUUCUCCUCACGUCUGUGGGGUUGGGGCUUAUUUGAUGGCGCUGGAGGGGAUUGGCCCCGAUACAGUCUGUGAUCGCAUCAAGCAACUGGCAUCGGAGAGCGUUACGAACCAAAAACCAAACACAACUAAAAAGUUGCUCUAUAAUGGCAGCGGCGCAUAA